AUGGUCGAGCGUGAGGCCCAGCUCGACGAGGGCCUCGGCGUGAGGCGCCUUGGGCGCGAGCUUGAAGUCACCGACGAUGGGCGCUGUGGGGAGUGCGAGCGCGCCGAUGAGCUCCUCUCGGUCGGCCAGCCGCUCGCGGCCCUGUCGUCCAUCUCCGAGGUCUUCUCGAGCCGCCGGUUCCGCAUGACGCCCCUCUCGGUCCUCGAGCCCAUCAUGCUCAAGUUCCUCGAGCUGUGCGUCGACCUGCGCAAGGGCCGCACCGCAAAGGACGGCCUCAUCCUGUACAAGAACGUGGCCCAGAACACGUCGGUCCAGUCGGUCGAGGUCACGAUCCAGAAGCUCCUCGACCUGUCGCGCGCCAAGCUCCAAGACGCCCUCGCAAAGGUCAACGAGAUCGAGGGCGCCCCCGCCGACGGCGACCUCGACGACCUCGAGGCGACCGAGACGCCCGAGAGCCUCCUCCUGUCGGCCGUGUCCGAGGAAAAGACGCGCGACCGCACGUACCGCACCCUCGUCACGCCCUGGCUCCGGUUCCUGUGGGAGUCGUACCGCACCGCGCUCGACAUCCUGCGCAACAACGCCCGCCUCGAGGUCCUGUACCAGACCGUCUGCCACGAGGCGUUCCAGUUCUGCCUCGAGCACCAGCGCAAGACCGAGUUCCGCCGCCUGUGCGAGACCCUGCGCUCGCACCUCGCGUCGUCGCAAAAGUACACGCACCAGUCGCACUCGAUCAACCUCAACGAGCCCGACACGCUCCAGCGCCACCUCGACACGCGCUUCCAGCAGCUCAACACGGCCGUCGAGCUCGAGCUGUGGCAAGAGGCGUUCCGCACCGCCGAGGACAUCCACACCCUCGUCGGCAUGAGCAAGCGCGCGCCCAAGGCGUCCGUCAUGGCGUCGUUCUACGACAAGAUGGCCAAGGUCUUUGCCGUCGGCAACAACUUCCUGUUCCACGCCGCCGCGUACGGCAAGCUGUACUCGCUCCACGCCGCCCGCGUCGCCCUCACCGGCGGCGCCGACGGCACCGACGCCGAGCUCGACAAGAUGGCGAGCCGCGUCCUCCUCGCCGCGCUCGCCGUCCCGCUCGGGUCGGGCGUCGAGUCGGCCAAGCGCGUCGACGGCACCGACGAGGGCGAGGGCAAGGGCCGCCUGAACCGCCUCGCGUCGCUCAUCGGCCUCGGUGCGGCGCCGACCCGCGGCGGGCUCCUCAACGACGCCCUCGCGCGCCACGUCCUCAAGCGCGUCUCGCCCGAGCUGCGCGACCUGUACCACACGCUCGAGGUCGACUUCAACCCGCUGUCGAUCACGCGCAAGAUCGAGCCCAUCCUCGCCGAGCUCGACAAGAACCCCGACACGGCGCGGUACGUCGCCCCGCUCAAGGACGUCGUCCUCGCGCGCCUGUUCCACCAGCUCGCCCAGGUGUACGCGUCGCUCAAGAUUGACCGCGUCGUGCGCCUCGCGCGCUUCUCGUCCGACGCCGACGCGGCCUCGACCCGGCUCCGCGUCGAGCGCUACGUGACCGAGGCGUGCCGCCGCGGCGACGUCGACGUGACGCUCGACCACGCCUCGGGCUCGAUCAAGUUCACCGAGGACCUGUUUGGCGACGAGGCGUCGACGGCGUCCAACGCGCACGACGCGCUCCAGCCGUCCCAGUCGGCGCUCCUGCGCACCCACCUCGCGCGCCUCGCGUCGACCCUGCACGACACGCUGCAGCGCGUCGGCUCGCCCGCCGCGACGACCGACGGCCCCGUCGCCGCGCGCGCCGCCGCGUUCGAGAACCUGUCGAGCGCCGUCGCCGACGAGCGCGAGACGGCGCUCGCGCGCGUCCAGAUCAUCCAGCGCCGCAAGGAGCUCGCCGACGAGCAGGCGGCGCGCAAGGACAAGGAGGAGCAGCACCUGCGCACGCUCAGGGCGCAGCAGCUCGCCGACGAGGAGCAGCAGCGCCAGAAGGACGAGCUCAAGAAGCGCGAGCUCGAGCGCAUCCGCAAGGAGGUCGAGAAGGUCAAGGCCGACGAGGCCAAGAAGGUGGCCGAGAGCCUCAUCCAGGGCGGCCUCAAGGUCGACAUGCAGAAACUGCCCGAGCUGUCGGCCGGCGACCUCGUCCAGCUCCAGGUGCAGCAGAUCGAGAAGGACAAGAAGUCGCUCGCGCAGAAGCUCGCGACGGCGUACAAGCGCCUCGACCACCUCGAGCGCGCGUUCCGCAAGGAGGAGAUCCCGCUCAUCGCCGAGGACUACCAGCGCCAGCAGACGCGCGACCGCGAGGCGUUCGAGGCGGCCCAGGUCAUGCGCGCCGAGCAGUCGCAGCGCGAGCACGCCCAAGGGCUCGCCAUCAAGCAGAGCCUGCAGCGCAUCCUCCCCGACUACGAGGCGUUCCGUGCCCGUGCCGAGAAGGAGAGCCGCGCCGCGUUCGAGCGCGAGCAGGAGCGCCUCAAGGAGCAGCUCGAGGAGGCCAAGGCCGAGCGCCGCCGCGCGCACCUCGACAAGCUCGAGCAGGAGCGCCAGGAGGCUCGCUACCGCGAGGAGCAGGAGGCGCGCGAGGCCGAGGAGCGCGAGCGCAUCGAGGAGCGUCGCCGCGCCGCCGACGAGCAGGCCAAGGCUGCGGCCGCCGCCCGCCUCGCCGAGCGCAAGGCCGAGCAGGACGCCAUUAUGGCCAAGGCGCGCCAGCAGGCUCAGCGCGAGGAGGAGGCGCUCGCUCGCCGUGCUGGCGGCGGCGCUGCUGCCCGUCCGGCCGGCGCUGCCGCAGCCGCCGCCACGCCGGCCCCGAUCGGCUCGGCAGAGUGGCGCCGUCAGCGCGACGCCGCCGCCGCCCCGCCGUCCGGUGCCGCCCCGCCGUCGAGCGAGCGCCCGCGCUUCCAGCUGCAGCCUCGCUCGAGCGAGACCGGCGCGUCGUCGCCGUCGGGCGAGCGCCCGCGCCUCAACCUCGCGCCGCGGUCGUCGCCUCGCGCCGAGGCUCCCCCUGCCCCGGCCGCCGCUGCCGCCGCGUCGCCCGCGCCCGAGCGCCCCUCGUCGACCGGCCCCGGCGGCCGCUGGGUCCCGCCCUCGCAGCGUGGCGGCGCCGCGUCGCCCGCUCCGGCCGCGUCGUCGCCCGACAGCUCGCGCCCGUCGACGCCCGGCGCCGCGCAGCCCCAGGGCGCGCCGGCUCCCGCUGCGGGUGCCGGCGGCAAGUGGGUGCCGCCGAGUCGUCGCCAGGGUGCGCCCGGUGCCGGUGCGGGCGGUGAGCGCCCCGCUGGCAGCAGGUGGUGA